UGUUUCCUCGUCCUGAGAUGAAUUUGCACACGGAUCAAAGGAAGCUGACACAGACGUGUAUUAGUGAGAGAAACCUGAAGCUGUGGCCCUGCACCCUUAUGCCCGGCACAAUCCCAUUAAUUCCACAUUACAGACAGCCUCAGCGCUACAGCUAGCACACAGCCAUUCCAGCAGACCACUGGGAAUGUUAUAGCGCUGAGGGAGACUCUUGACGUGGUUUUAAACAGCUGCAAACAUCGAUAAUGACCUAAUUUGUCAUCCAUGAAGGAGAAUAACUGGAACCAAAACAUAUACUUCAUGUCUGACUGCUCCUGUGACUUUCUUCUGAGAGUUUCACGCUGUUCUUGUUUCCUUCAGGUGUGGAGCUCUGCAGAACCUCGUCACAAAGAGGAAGAGUUCCUUUACCCAUGGAGGAAUCAAGGAAAGGGAGUGGUCAGGGUGAAGAGGGACUGGAUCAUCCCUCCAAUCAGAGUGCUGGAGAAUAGCAAGCAGGUUCCUGAAGACCUUGUCCAGAUCAAAUCGGACAAAAUCUUUACAGGUGAGGUGAUCUACAAGUUAGAGGGGCCGGGGGUGGACCAGCAGCCCAAGAAUCUGUUUGAGAUCGAUGAUGUAACCGGAGUAAUCAGGUGCAAGCGGCCGCUGGACAGAGAAAGAUACAACAGCUUCACGCUGAAAGCCUUUGCGCUGUCCCCCAGUGGACAGAGACUAGAGAAUCCUACCACCAUAGAGAUAGUGGUGCUGGAUCAGAACGACAACAGACCCGCCUUCACCCAGGGCCAGUUUGGUGGCUCUGUCUCUGAGUUCUCAGUCCCAGGCACCUCGGUGAUGUCGGUGUCAGCCACUGAUGCAGAUGACCCAAUGACAGAAAACGCUUAUCUGAGCUACUCUAUCAUCGGCCAGGAGAGCAUUCCGCCCAACGCUGUCACCAAGACUAUGUUUGGUAUCAACAACGAGACAGGAGCCAUCUACACCAGAGACGUGGGCCUGGACCGAGAGGUGGUGAAAAGUUUCCGAUUAAAACUGCUGGUUGCUGACAUGGGGGGCAUGGGACUAACAAGUGAAGGUGUGGCAGUCAUACACAUUUCUGAUAUCAACAACCACGCCCCGCAGUUCAGCCCUGCCGCGUACAGUAUGUCAGCAGUGGAGAACAGGAAGGACUAUGAGAUUGGCCGGGUGAAUGUGACAGACAGAGACGAUCGUGGAGCGGGUAACUGGGAGGCCAGGUACUCCAUUUCCAACGACCCUGAAGGCAACUUUGCCGUUAGUACGGAUCCUGGCAGCAACGAGGGCGUUCUGACAGUGGUGAAGCCUCUGGAUUAUGAAGCACAGGAUGAGCACGUCCUGAUUCUGACGGUGGAAAAUGUCAAUCGCCUGAGCAACAAGGCUCCCAACCUCCCAGUAAGCAGCGCUACGGUGGUGGUGACUGUCGUGAACGAGAAUGAAGCUCCACUUUUCAGGGAGGACCCCAUACAGAUUGUGGUCCCUGAGUCUGUGGCUCCUGGGACGUUACUGAAAAGCAAUAUCGCCUUUGACCCUGAUAAUUCUGACCUGAGGUAUGAGAUUAGCAGAGAUCCCGAGAGGUGGCUGGAGAUCAACAGAGACACGGGAGACAUUACUGCCAAGAGAACCUUUAACAUGCGAUCUCCAAACGUUCGACACAAUAUCUACAAUGCUGUUAUCAAGGUUACAGAUGCUGGCGGUGUGUCGACCACUGCCACAGUGGCCGUCACACUGAAGGAGACCAACGACUUCCCCCCUCAGCUCUUCCCUCUGAGCGGCACCGUAUGUCGGGGUGCAGGCGGCAGGCGUUCUGGUCUGGUCCUGACGGCUGUGGAUGAAGACCUCCCUCCGCACGCUGCACCCUUCACCUUUGAGAUGCCCGAUGACAUAUCGAUCAACUGGACUGUUAAUCAAGUCAACGAUACUCAUGCGGUGCUUCUGCCCCUCGAAGAGCUGCAGGCAGGAGAGUAUGCGGUCACGGUGUUUGUGUCCGACUACGGCAUCCCAGUUCUGAGCGCUUAUGCUCAGGUCAACGUCACCGUGUGUGUCUGUGACUCCUUUGGAGAUUGUAAGUCUGAGGCGGGGGCUGUGUUCGGCUCCAGUAUGGGAAUCAGCUUCAUCGCUCUCAUCAUCAUCAUGGCCAGCAUUGCACUUCUACUGUUGCUGCUCCUCUUGGCUGUGGCGGUGACCACCUGCGGGAGACGCCACCAUAUCAAGAAAGGAGCAGGUCUGCUAGUCGGGGAAUCGGAAGACGACAUUCGUGACAAUGUCUUCAACUAUGAUGAGCAAGGCGGGGGUGAAGAGGACGAGAACGCUUUUAACAUCGACCUGCUGUGGAAUCCCCAUGAUGCACCUUCCACCCCGGGGUCCUACUACCCAGGGUGUGGUGUCCCUCGAGGCAAGCAGCCCCUCAGGAGGGAUGCCCCGCAUAACCUGCCCUCACCCAUCUACCCACGGAGGCCUCCAGCGGAUCCCACUGAUAUCGAGGACUACAUCAAUGAUGGCCUGGAGGCUGCAGACAAUGACCCGAAUGUGCCUCCAUACGACACAGCCCUGAUCUAUGACUAUGAGGGAGGGGGCUCACUGGCAGGCAGCCUCAGCUCCAUUGCUUCAGGCAGCUCUGAUGGAGACCAGGACUACGACUACCUCAACGACUGGGGACCACGCUUUCAGAAACUGGCCAAUAUGUAUGACCCACGUUAAGGUGGACAGCACCCCGCAGAAAGAAGACAUGUGUGCCUCACCACCAGUUAGGGACACAGAUCAGGCCUCGGGUGGUGUUUUUUCCUGCACACAUUUGAAAAGAUUUUAGUCCCGGACGAGAUUUGAAGUGUGAUAAAUAAAUGUUAUAUUGAGGAUCAUUUGGACACAACUGGCAAAAUGGCUCGUUGCAAAGUUUUGUGGUAUAAAUCGUGAGUUGAUGUGAUCCGCCACGAGGAAAGAAGCUGUGCGUGCUACAAGGCACACAGAAUGUGUGUUGAAAUGAUUGUCCAUCUCUGGUUAUGUUUAUCCUCACACUUGCUCAGUAAUAAUGACGCACAUAACAAGCCUGAGAUCUAAAAAAAAAUCUUUAUGUAUUUCUUUUUAUAUAAGUGAUUAUUUUAUAAGGUAAAUUUACUUUGAUGUUCAUUUUGUUUGUUUUUCU